AGGAUCAACAACAAACAAUGGCAGAGGUAAAGAUUAUUGGGUCUGCUGCAAGCCUCUUCUCUGUAAGGGUUGAAUGGGCCUUGAAGCUCAAAGGAAUUGAGUAUGAGUACAUACCUGAAGACGUGAGAAACAAAAGUGAGCUGCUUCUCAAGUCCAACCCUGUGCACAAAAAAAUACCUGUGCUCUUGCACCAUGGCAAAGCCAUAUCCGAGUCGCUUCUCAUCCUCGAAUACAUCGACGAGACGUGGAAGGACAACCCCCUCAUGCCUGAAGAUCCAUAUAACAGAGCCAUGGCUCGCUUCUGGGCUAAGUUUUUAGAUGAGAAGGGCCUGCUGGGUGCCUGGGAAGCAUGCCAGGCUGAAGGAGAAGAGAAGGAGAAGGCUGUGGAGGCUGCAAUACAGAAUUUGGCAUUGCUUGACAAAGAAAUCCAAGGAAAGAAAUUCUUUGGUGGAGAUGAAAUUGGUUACCUGGAUUUAGCUGCAGGGUGGAUGUGCCACUGGCUCAGUGUUCUUGAUGAAGUUGGAGAAAUGAAGGUGUUUGAUAAAGACAGGGUCCCAUCCCUUCAUGAAUGGGUUCAAGACUUCGUACACAUUCCAGUUAUCAAAGAAUCCCUUCCACCCAGAGAAGAUCUUGUCAACUACUUCAAGGGUAGUCUGAGCUACGUCCGGUCGUUAGCUGCAAAUAAGCAAUAG